AUGGAUUUGAGACCAAGACUAUUGGAAGCAGCUGAGUUUGUUAAUAACCGUGGAUUCGCUCCGUGUAUUGCGGCUGAAGGAAAACAGUUUGAGCAUUUGCUGUAA